AUGAAUAUUGAAGUGAUUACAACUGCUGGUUAUGCACCGUUUAGCAAUGGUCUUUUGGAAAAGCACAACCACAUUCUUACUGAAAUUAUGCUCAAAGUCAACCACGAGAAGAAAUGCAGUUGGGAGACUGCACUGAGAUGGGCGUUAAAUGCCAAGAACAGCCUGAUAAAUGUCCAUGGUUUCAGUGCUUACCAACUGGUAUUUGGCAGAAAUCCAAACUUACCUACAAAUCUGACCAACCAGCCUCCAGCUUUAGAAGGGACUACUACAAGCAAAACAGUGGGUGAGCAUGUAAGGACUUUGCAUGCUGCAAGAAAAGCUUUUAUGGAAGCUGAUUGUUCAGAAAGGGUCAGAAGACCGUUAAAAGGGAAUGUUCGUACCUACACUGGUGAUAAGUAUCAAAUGGGUGACAAGGUAUUUUACAAAAGACCAGACAACAGAGAAUGGAAGGGACCAGGUAAAGUUAUUGGUCAAGAUGGAAAGGUUGUCUUCAUAAGACAUGGUGGAAUUGUCGUAAGAGUACUUAUCUGCCGUCUAAAGAAAUGCAAUGAGCUAUCAUCUCAGGAAAGAGAAACCAAUGAGAACCAACCACAAGUGAAUGUUGAAGUGCAAGAAAAACCUCAAAAUACAGUUGAGUCUAAUAACGAUGAAGAUACUACAGAUGAAUUAGAGGUCCAAAGUAAUGAAACGGACAUGUGUGCUCCAAACAAUGUUGUAGGACAAGCCAUUAAUUCAGUCAAUGCAAACAAUAUUAAACCUGGACAGUAUAUAACAUUCAGAGAAGAACACCAAUCAGACAAGGCUACUGCCAAAGUAAUAAGUCGUGCAGGAAAAGCGACUGGAAAACACAAAUAUUGGUUUAAUAUAGACUAUCUUGGUACAAGCAUGGAUGCAAAGUCCAUAGAUCUUAGUCAAGUCGAGGAAUUGGAGAUCAUAGAAAAUUCAACCGAGGAGGCAAAUAUCGUAGAUGAAGUGAUGUUUGGUCAUAAUCUGUCCUUUGACAGUGCUAAACAAGCUGAACUUAAAGACUGGAAAGACAAUGAUGUGUAUGUAGAAGUUCCAAAUGAAAGACAGAAAUGUGUGUCUACCAGAUGGGUUUUAACCCUAAAACAUACUGAAACAGGCAUUACACCAAAAGCUCGACUGGUGGCUCGAGGAUUUGAGGAAAACAACCCAAGCCAAAGCGACUCUCCUACAUGUGCAAAUGAGUCUUUAAGAAUAGUAAUAGCCAUCAUUGCACAAAUGGGGUGGACAAUUAAUUCUAUAGACAUUAAAACUGCUUUUCUUCAAGGAAAUUGUCUUGAUCGGGACAUUUUCAUAAGGCCACCAAAAGUGUGUGUAUGGCCUAAAUGA